UAUAAGUUUAUUUGCGGUCGUCACCAAUGUAAAGAAAAGGAACCACAUGCGUUAGAGUGUUGUCAACUCAAGAAGGAGAAUGACUCUAAGGAACAGAACAAGAAGCUAGCGGAUGCUAUAUAUACUAUAGAUGUUCUCUGGUCAUACAUACAAAAUGCAAAAAUUGACGACGUAUCAAUCGAGACAUUUGCUAAUUGGGUGGCAGAAUACGCCACAACCCAUGGUCUAAACAAGCAAUACAUAACUAAUGGAAAUUUACUACGUUGGUAUAAAAUUAUACUUUGGAAAUGGCAAAAAGAAGAGACGGUGAAGUAUAUCCGAGAUAAAAUUAAUAAAGCAAACAAACUUACAAACUCAAAAAAUGUCGCUAAGGAUGCUUUGGAAAAUUUAUCACACUACUCUGAGUCUUCCUUUAUAAUCGUAUCCGGUGACUCAAGCCUUCAAGAUCAUCAAGAAGCAUCCGAAAUUUUUAACUUUGCCGGCUUUAAGGAUACAAAGAUUGAUAACAAUCCUAUUAUCGAUCUUAUACUUCAGCAUAACCUAAAUUGUGUUGCACAUAACGAUCCAAUACGGUCUGGUCAUCUUUUUGCAACCUUUCCACACCCAUUAUUAUAUAACAAAGAUCCCGAUAAGUUUGAUGCAAUUAUAAAUCGGAAUGAUCGUCAGUUUGGAAAACUAGCCCAUCCAUUAUCAAGGAAGAUGGCAGAAUGGUUUUUCGAGAUUUAUAAACAAUCAAAUUUUACUUCUCACCAUUUCGAAAGGCCAGAAUUUCUGACAUCUAAGGAGGGGCAUUUGGCGGUGCAAAUUGCGUCUACCAUACAAUUAUCCGUGAAUCAUUAUCAAAAAACGGGUAUAAAUUCUCAAUCAGUAAAUUCUGAAGCUACCUGGGUAAAUUUCGUGGAAACCCUGCUAAAAGGUAUUAUUAAUCGCAUUAAAAAUCUGGUAUAUGAAAACACUUUAAGUACAACCGUGGAUUAUCUUGAUUAUCAAAAGGAGAAUGGAGAAAUCUGCAAAAUUAAGCCAGAUGGGACUAUAUAUUUUGUUACCCCUGAAAUGCAUUUUCCAAUUGGAUUCCUUGAAGGUCAGAAGCCGUACCUGCCCAACGCAACAAAGAAAUCACAGACCGAUGCAGAAAAGCUACAAAGGGAAAUUAAAUUGGCGCACGAUUCUCUUUUGAAAGAUAUACAAAGCAAAUAUUCAGCUCGAAUUUCGAAAGAAGUGACUAAAAAAAUAUUUGAAAUUCCAUUCAUCACAUCUCAAAUAACUGGUUCUGAAGCAAUAAUCUCAGUCUCAGAUCGAACGCUUCAUCCAAUAUUGACAACGUGGGAAUUAUGCCGGUUCCGUAUUGAUUUUCACAAGUUAGAAAGGAUAAAUGAUGUUCAGAAAUUUUUUUCGGGAAUAUUCGUAUUGCAGGAAUUGUUUGAAAAAAUAGAUACGAGUUGGAAUGAACUUUUUAUAUUUUUGGCUGAUGCUCCUCAGCUACUACCAAAAAAUCGCUACAAUUUGUCAACAGGAAUUAUCCCAUUCUAUCAUUAUGCUCUGGGAGAAUAUGACUCUCUUGAAUAUGAUUACCAAUUAUCACAAAACAGAUAG